CUGUGCUAUUUGUCAUGUUACUGAAGUGCUUGAUCUGUCAGUGUUUUUUAAGAUGUCCCUGACUUUUUCCUUUGUGUUUUCCUCUCAGUUUACCAGCUGAUUUCAUGAUGACUGAGGAUUUAGAUCCAAGAUUCAGUUUUCUCACUUGGGAACAGAUUAAAAUACUGGAUCAAGUGCUAAGUGAGGUGAUCCCCAUUCAUGGCAGAGGGAAUUUCCCAACGUUGGAGGUGAAGCCAAAAUACAUCAUUUGUGCUGUCAAGGAGCAGCUGAUCAAAAAUCAGAUCGUUGUCCAAGACAUACGCCUGAAUGGCUCCACAGCAAGCCACAUCCUUGCAAAACAAAAUGGUCCCAGCUACAAGGACCUGGAUAUCAUUUUUUCUGCUGAGCUUACAAAUGAGCAUCAAUUUCAGGUUGUGAAGGAGUCUGUCCUUAAUUGCAUCUUAGACUUCUUACCAAAAGGUGUCAACAAAGAAAAGAUCACAGCAAAGACAAUGAAGGAUGCCUAUGUGCAGAAGAUGGUGAAAGUAUCUACAGAUUAUGAUCGUUGGAGUCUUAUCUCCUUGACAAACAACAGUGGGAAGAAUGUUGAGCUUAAAUUUGUCAACUCUCUCCGACGGCAGUUUGAGUUCAGUGUUGAUUCCUUUCAGAUAAUCCUCAACCCUGUGUUAGAUGUCUAUAGCAAGGCAGAUGGUGAGCUGUCAGAAGAUUCUAAUUUGUCCAUCAUUGCUGAAAGCAUGUAUGGAGACUUUGAUGAGGCCAUGGAGCACCUGAAGUACAAAUUGAUUGCCACAAAAAACCCCGAAGAGAUCCGUGGUGGAGGCCUUUUGAAAUAUAGCAACCUCCUGGUUCGGGAUUUUAAGCCAGCAAAUGAGGCAGAAAUUAAAUCACUGGAACGUUACAUGUGUUCUAGAUUCUUCAUUGAUUUCCCUGAUGUAACAGAGCAGCAGCGGAAGAUUGAGUCAUACUUGCGCAAUCACUUCAUUGGGGAAGGGAAGAGCAAGUAUGACUACCUGAUGACUCUGCGUGGGAUCGUGGACGAGAGCACCGUCUGCCUUAUGGGACACGAACGAAGGCAGACGCUGAACAUGAUUACCAUCCUGGCUCUCAAAGUGCUUGGAGAGCAGAAUAUAAUUCCCAAUGCAGCCAAUGUAACAUGCUACUAUCAACCUGCUCCCUACAUCAGUGACAGGAACUUCAGCAAUUACUAUAUUGCUCCUAGACAGCCACCCAUUAUCUACCAGCCCUAUUCCUUUCACAUUCCCAUGCAGAGUGGCAUGGUGUAG